AUGCCAAGGUUUAAAGAAAGGAGAACUUAUGAAGCAGUGUUUAUUUCUAAUUUCACUGUUCCUGUGGAUAUGUAUGCUUCAUCUCAACUAUGCACUUCAUUCUUAAUCACCGCGCCUGUAUCGACCUUUGGAUGGUGGCUUGCCUUUUUUUCAAAAAAUCAAAACAACGUUUUCUACUUGCUCGACAAAAGGAAUUUGGGUGGAAGGAUGGCGAAAAAAGAAUUGUUUUUAGAUACAUGGAUGGAAUUUGCUUCUUGA